GCCAUAUUGGCCAUGGAGUUGCCCUCAGAGCACAGAAUAAGGCUGUUUUUAUAGGCACUCUUGUCCGGUAGAGCAGGUUAGACGAAUAUUGGAGCUACUGCUGCUUCAUUCCAGCUCAUAUCCGCCUUAGUUUGCCUCUUCCAUGGUUGAAGGAGACACCAGCCUUCCUGGUCAUUAACCACUUCUCUUUCCUCCUUGUUUCCACAUGCUGGCAGUGUGCACUGCUUUUCUCACUUUUGUCAUGGGCAGCAAAGCUACUGAAUCUGCCUUCUUUUUCUUCGAUACCAUUGUUAAAAUCCAGUAUCUGCUCCCAUUCUUUGAACAAACUUAUGACAAGACACCUUAAGCAGCCAUGCAAUGCAAAAGCUUUUUCUUUUUCCAGGUUGGGGCGGGUCUGCAGUCACAGUGCUGCAGUUUGCUUUGCUGUCGACUUUUGGACCCAGGUCAGCACUGGACAUCCCGCUCCAACGGAUCUGCCAUGCCGGUGGGUGCAGCUUCGCCUAAAGAAGAUCCCAUCUAAGCCAGCCAAAAAGAUAUCCUAUCAGCGGCAUCGUUAUGGGCCAACGGCAACAGUGACGAAAGAGCGUGGACCAGUUAACCUGAAAGGGAUCCCUGACGUAAAAGGCUUCCUGGAAAGCCUGCAGCAGGUUGCACCUUCAUCCAGGGUUUUCACACUAACGACCCCCCAGGCAGGAGUGGUUCCUGCUGCCACAGUACCGCAAGAUGCCACUGUCCUGCACAAUUCUCCUACAGCAACUCUAGAUAUAACUCUCGAGGCACCAUUGUCUGCGUAUACCUCUAGGCUUCUCAAUUCAAAAGGUUUUAAAAAUGAAAAUGUGGGUGCCUUGGCAGCCGACGUAGUAGACAAAUUCAUGAUAACAGAGGCUGAGGCAAGGAGAAUUGAAUGUUCAACAAGAACGCAGGCAAACAAUCCCCUGUGGCACCAGCAUAGAAAAGGCAGGGUAACUGCAUCAAUCUUCAAAGAUGUGUGUCGUUCGAAAAGAGUGCGCUGCACGACUCUAUUCAACAAGAUCAUGAGCCUGCGCCCAUUAAACGUGCCCGCCGUUUUGUAUGGUGUAGCCAAUGAGCCGGUGGCCAAGGAGCGGCUACUUGAACACCUGCAGACAACGCAUACUAAUGCACGCAUUGAAGCAUGUGGCCUAAUGGUACACCCAAAUUAUCCACUCCUCGGCUGCAGCCCAGAUGGCAUUUUCUUAUGCGACUGCCAUGACCCUGCACUAGUUGAAGUGAAGUGUCUCUUCAGCUUGAGAGACUGCAGUCCCCAAGAUUUGGUAGCCGAAGGUCAGAAGAGGAAGGGGUUCUGCCUUACAGCCAAUGGGACGUUGAAAGAAAGCCAUGCCUACUACUACCAGGUGCAAGCUCAGCUUCAUCUAAACCUGGACAACAUAAAAAAAAUGCUACUUCUACCUUCAUGUCGAGGGCGGCGGGCACCUGGUAGUAGUAGAAAGAGACGAAAGUUUUAUGGAAACGCACAAAGAUAGCUUGGAAGCUUUUGUGAGAGACAUUGUUUUGCCUAGAGUAAUUCUUGGAACCGCUAUGUGAAGGCCAGGAAAUGUAAUAUCAUCUGUGGUUGUACGUGCUAAAGUCACAGUAUGAUUAAGAGGCACACCGUAGUGGAAGGCUCCAAGUAAAUUCAACCAACUGGGGUGCCUUACCAUGCACCAAUAUUGCACAGUACACGGGCCUUCAGCAUUUUGCCUCCAUUGAAAUGCAACUGCCAUGUCCGAGAUAGAGCUCGCGACCUACAGGUCAGCAGCCAAGCACAGUAACCACUGUACCACCGAGGUCAACAAGUCCAUGAAAUGCAAUAUUUUUGCCAGUUAAUUACUGCUCCAUGUUUUAUGCAAGUACUUGUCAACCGUUCCUUUCUGAAAACUUUAGCACCUAUGAAUCUGAGUGCAACAAUGAGCAGUGAUUCCACUCCUGCGCCAACUGCGCCAAAGUGCGCCAAAUUGUGUUUACUGCGCCAUCCUGAUAAUAUCGACGAAAUUUGCGCCAAACUGCACCAAAGUCUCGGGUUUGGGGGCGCCUAUCACCGGCAAUCGCACCGCCGGCGCGUCAGAACAUGUGCAGCUCGAUCUUGGGGCUGCCAAUAAAGUCGCAAUCAUGGACCAA